AAAAACUAGAGUUAUAGGGCCGCGGCAGCCAUCUUCCAGUAACUCGCCAAAAUGACGAACACAAAGGGAAAGAGGAGGGGGACCCGCUAUAUGUUCUCCAGGCCUUUUAGGAAACAUGGAGUUGUUCCUUUGGCUACUUACAUGCGAAUCUACAAGAAAGGUGAUAUUGUAGACAUCAAGGGAAUGGGCACUGUUCAAAAAGGAAUGCCUCAUAAGUGUUACCAUGGCAAAACCGGAAGAGUCUACAAUGUCACCCAGCAUGCCGUGGGCAUCAUUGUAAACAAGCAAGUUAAGGGCAAGAUCCUUGCCAAGAGAAUCAACGUGCGGAUUGAGCACAUCAAGCACUCUAAGAGCCGAGACAGCUUCCUGAAGCGGGUGAAGGAGAACGACCAGAAGAAAAAGGAAGCCAAGGAGAAGGGCACCUGGGUGCAGCUGAAGCGCCAGCCCGCCCCACCCAGAGAAGCACACUUUGUGAGGACUAACGGGAAGGAGCCUGAGCUACUGGAGCCCAUUCCAUACGAAUUCAUGGCCUAAUGUACAAAAAGAAAUAAAAGACCUGGACUGUAAAGGAAAAAAA